AUGGAUUGGCCACUCAUGGGUUCCCCAAUUCCCAUAUUAACCCUCAUAUUGUCGUACAUUUAUUUCGUCAAAGUGUUGGGUCCGAUGUGGAUGAAGGAUAAGACACCGUUCAGGAUUGAAGGCUUAAUAGUUGUUUAUAAUAUAGUUAUGGUCUUCACGUCAGCCUUUAUUUUUAUAAUUGGCGGACAAAUGACAUAUUUCGGGAAAUACAGCCUAAUAUGUGAACCAAUCGAUUACUCGGGUAGUGAUGAGUCUAUGAGACUCGUGAGGCUGGGCUGGUGGCUACUGCUCCUCAAGAUUGUCGAGUUUGCAGACACGGUAUUUUUUGUAUUGCGUAAGAAAUUCACACACAUAUCAGUGCUUCAUGUGGUGCACCACUCAUUGGUCGCGUGGGGUGUUUGGGUGGGCAUGAAGUUCGGCGCCGGCGGUCACAACGCCUUCUUCCCAUUGAUGAACUGCGGUAUCCAUACAAUUAUGUACACCUAUUACUGUUUGGCCGCUUUGGGGCCGACUGUCCGCAAACAUCUUUGGUGGAAGCGAUACCUAACGAUCGUACAAAUGGUCCAAUUCGUUGUCGCACUCAUUCACGCCUGUAUACCGUUGUUCGUUGACUGCGGAUAUCAUCCCGGCUUCGCAUACGCUCUCAUCGCACACGCCGUCCUCUUUUGGGUCAUGUUUUAUAACUUUUAUCGUAAUAAUUAUAAUCAAAUGCUCAGCAAAUCGCGUCAUAAUAACAAUAAUACCGCCGGAAGUUAUGCCGCGGUUUGCAAUCAAAACGCAAACUUAUGUCAAGCGGUGACAAAAACGCUAAACGUAUCGCAAAGUAAUGAAUUAAUUGAGAUUUCGAAGAAAAUUAAUUGA